GCUGAGCAAGCUGUCGCCUCGCGGCUGGCAGCCCCCGACAGCGAAAAGGAUGCCAGGGACAAGCUCGGGGCAUUCUUGCGGCGCGGCGUGACGCGGCGAGAGUGCGAAAUCGAGGUGCCCUUCCAGAUCAUCGCCGGCUCUGACACGACCGCGACAGCGAUUCGGGCGACCCUUUUAUUCCUUGCCUCAUCUCGCGCCUACGGUCGGCUCCAGCAGGAGAUUGAUGUCGCGGCAGCCGAGAGCCGCAUCUCUAGCCCUGUCACGGCCGACGAGGGCGAGAAGAUGGAGUAUCUGCAGGCCGUCACCUACGAGGGCCUGCGCAUGCAGAUUCCGUUUUCGGGGCUGGUAAUGAAAGAGGUUCCGCCCGGAGGCGACACCAUCAACGGGCUCUUCGUUCCCGGCGGCACCCGUGUCGCCCACAACACGCUUGCCAUGCAGCGCCGAAGGGACAUAUUCAGUGAUGACGUCGACGUCUUCCGGCCCGAGCGGUGGCUCAAUGCGGAUCCCGUGUCGCGGCAGCGCAUGGUGCAGACAACAGAGCUCGUGUUUGGCCACGGCCGGUGGGGAUGUGUGGGGAUAUCUGGGAAAGCCUGUCGCCUUCCUCGAGCUCAACAAUAUAUACGUCGAGGAUGUGUCCCCUUCUCCGAGAAUUGUAGGUUGCAAGUUGGGGGGAUUGCUAACCGAAGGCUGCGCCAACCGAUAGUUGCUUCGCCAGUUCGACUUCCAAAUCAUCAACCCCAGGCGGCCUUGGCACGAAAUGAACCACAGUAUGUUUUUUUAGUCUCAGCUGUGGAUGAGAGUAACGGAGCGCUUUCCCUCGGAAUGAAGUGGGCCUUUCAAAUCUCCUAA